GCCGCACUUGACGUGCAGGGUGUGGAUCCCUGGAAGGGGUGGAGCUGAAGAUGGCGUUCGCGGUGGCUUGCCGGCUGGCCUGGACAGCAGUCCGACCAGGGGCUGUCUGGAGCGGGCUGAGGGGGAAGAGAGGUGGCGAUUUCUCCGUCGUACCGGGCAGCUCAGGUCGCAGCCUGGUAUCGUCGAGGUCAGUCACCGUCACUCGCAGCGGCGCCAUUUUGCCCAAGCCGGUGAAAAUGUCCUUUGGUCUUCUUCGUGUGUUCUCCAUUGUGAUCCCCUUUCUCUAUGUUGGGACACUCAUUAGCAAGAACUUUGCUGCUCUACUUGAGGAGCAUGACAUUUUUGUUCCUGAGGAUGACGACGAUGAUGAUUAACAGGUCCUGGCGGAAGUUCAGAAAGGAGAAAGCACUAAUAGAUGAAGUGGUGGCACACUCAGCUCCUUCCCUAUUGGCAAAAGGAUCAGGGAAAGCCCCCAGCCUCAUCUCCUCAUGGUUUGUGACAACAGCCCAGAAUCCUAUGCAUUGGGAGGUUCCCUCAAAUGUGCUGUCCACAGAGCACUGGAAAUAACAAGCAAGCAAACUAUGAGUAACAUAAUAAAUAUGAACUGUGUAUGA